AUGGCUGAUUCGGGCUCAACCUUGGAUUCCCACGCCCACUGGGACCAUGCUGCCCAUCAUCGAGCGUUUAUCUCCCCUCGGGGUGAGGCGGCUGUUUUGCCCCCAAAUGUGGUGGUGCACAACGCGACCUCGAGUGAGAUUGCAACCGCCCGUCAGAUAGUCAGAGAGGCCGUUGCGGAAAUGACCAAGCGGAAUCAAGCCCGUCUUGCCCGCCCGUCAUGUAACAACUACUCUAUGAAGCUGGGGACAAAGCUGGGUAAGCGUGACGACGUGGAUGCACCGCCGCCUCUACUCAAUAUCACCGACUAG